CUUAAAGUUCGAUAAAAUUGUAAGAUGAAUUGGUCAGGAACUAAUUCUUUUUUAUACUUUGUAGCAAUUUUUAUUUUAUUUAUAAAUCCAUUUGGUAUACAUUCUUAUAAAAUCUUAUCUCAUAACGAGAGCGAACCUGGAUAUCAAGUACAUCAAAUAUUAACCAAUCACGAUGGUACAUCAGUCAUCUAUUUAACCAAACCUAUAAACGAAACCUGCAACGAACCAAGUAUCGAUUUUCGCAUUAUAAGACCUGAUGGCGCAGUUGAUAUUACUAAAGUUCACCAUCCGAUCCCAGAUUUUAAUUUUUGUCUUAAGCCAAAUAAUUUGUCUUUGCAUAUUAAACUUUUUGGUAAUAUGCAAGAUAAUGUGAUUAUCCUUUAUGAAAAUUCUACCAAUAUAAAUUCGGCAAGUUUUUAUGCAUUGCUUGUUAAUGCUCGCACAGGAAACGUUAUUAGCAAUACUUUUCUCUCACUCGUUUCCACAAUCAAUGGGACUUUAUCCUUCUCCGGAGACAUUCUACCACACAUUAACGAAGAGUAUGGCUUUCUUUUCUGGAGUUUCAUAACUGAAACUAAAAUACGUUGGAUUUACUUUAGUAAACCUGAUUCAGAUGGUAAUUUUAAGCCAAUAAAUAGUAAUCAGUUUGAAUUAUUAAAUCCGUUAGACAGAUUUAAUAUAUUUGCCGCCAUUGAUGGAACCUUUGGAUUGGUUACUAGUAAUUAUAAUACAAACGCUUCAAUCCAACUUCAACCAAAUGUUGAUUUAAUUAACCCAACCGAACCUAUGUUUGGACUUUAUAUAACAUUCAUUAAGCCGAGUGAAGAUGCUGUUGAUGGACCUUUCUUGCUUUAUCAAACCGCAAUUCCGACGUUACGGAUAGUAUUUCAAUGUAAUUCCAUUUAUACGACUAUGGGUUAUUUUUGCAUAUUAAAUAUGAAUGAAGUGCAACCUAAAGAAGAAUCUAAAAAUUAUUUAAUUAAAAUAACAUUUCAAAAUACUGGCUCAGUUAUUGAUGUUGAAAAAUUUUCGAAUCUCGAACUAUAUACUGAAUUAUAUAACAAUUUAUCGGAAACUACGAUAUUUGAAAGUUUAUAUCAUGGGGGCUUUUUAGUACUUUAUUCCAAAAACUCAGAAAAUAACCAUAAAACGGUUCAAGCUAUCAUUCUUGAUAAUAAUGGAUUCUAUAACAACACUUUGGACUUUCCAAAAAAUUUGGAAGCCUCUAAUUAUCUCGCAAUGCCGGGUUUUCGAGAUAGCAAUUUUAUUAUCGCUCAACAAGAAAACGAAUAUACUUGGAAGGUUUACUCGGAAGAAUAUCCAAAAUUCGUUUAUUAUGAUAAUGAUUAUGAUAGUCCAUAUAUUCAAUCUACCUUUCCGUUAAUUAAUUCUAUUAUAUCACUUUCAACAACUAAUAUUAAUAUCUCUUAUAAAUUACCAAUUACGUUAUCCACAAAUAAUAUUUCUAUUUAUCAACAUAAUAAUGAAAAUCCUAUAUUAAGACAAUCAGUUCCAGGUAGUUCACUAUCUCUUUCCCAUAGUGCUGAUAAUCAAACUUUAAUUUUAAAUGUUUUGGAAAGUACAUUUAAUCAACCAAAUGCAAAGUAUUAUAUUGUUAUUGAUGAUAAUUUUGUUCAAGAUUGGGAAACAAAUCAACCUUUAUUAGGUUUAGAAAGUAAUAUUUGGACAUUUAAUACUACUGAUGACCGAGAUAUCUUCGCAGAGGAUGCGAUUGGUCGAUUUUCUUUAACUACAGAAGGAACAGAAUAUUAUGAAGGCCUUUCGACUUACGAUCAAAAAAGAUUUUUAUCACAAUUAAGGGUUGAUUUAGCAAAAUCAAUACCCAUUGAUAUUAAUAGAUUGGACAAUAUUAAAUUUUAUAAGUUUGAUCAAAGUCAACGACCUCCAAAAAUUCUUUUAUCAUUACUUAUUAAAUCGACAAGAAAUUCAAAUGAACGGAACGUUGAUCGAAUCAUAAAAGAUUUGAAUAUCUUGAUCAAGGAAAAAGACAUUACUCCAAUUUCAUGGUUUAAUACAACAAUGUUUUUAGAUGCCAAUUUUGGAUUCCAGAAAAAUAGGAAUCUCUUUGAUGAAUAUAAAUUUUAUUUAGUUGGUAUUGCUAUAGGAAUAAUAAUAUUAGGAUUAUCAUAUUUUUAUGCUAAGAGAAGACAUCCUAAAGGUAAAAAUAUUAUGGUUUUUAAAAUUUCUUUAAUUAUUAUGGAUUUUAUAUUGGAUAUAUUGUUUGUUCUAAAUAAUGGGAGAAAUGUACCACAGUUAUUUAUUCCCAGUAUUAUUUUUUGUUCAAUACCAAUAGCGGCUAAUUCCAUAAUGAGCAUGAUUAUAAUACUUAAAGAGAUCACACGAAAUGAAUCUUUCUACAAUUGGUUUAAAUUAAAUACGAAUAUAGCAGCACUAUUUACUAUAUUAGCGAGUGCUGAUCUUGAAGUAUUAGACACGCUUUCCUCACAAGUCGGUGGUAUUAAGUUAUUUAAUGCUCCUAUGUCAGAAAAGACUCAAUUGUAUAUUUUUUGGGGGAGUCUUGUUGGGCUUUUUAUAGAAGAUAUUCCUCAAUUUAUUAUUCAGAUUUUCUACGUGAAAUUUACAGUUACAUAUGAUUUCAUCCCUUUUCUUACACUUCUAACAAGUUCAAUUGUUUUGACAAUUAAUAUAAUAUCUAGGUUAUAUCAUAUAAUAAUAGUACAUUUACAUACAAAAAAAAGAAUAUCCGUUAUGAUAUUGCCAAUUGAUCAAAAAAUGACAUUUGAUUCAGAUAUUGAGAACGGUUUAACCGUUCCGCAAGCAGCCAAAGUGUAUUAUAGACAUUCUAUGUAAAUAAUGUGAAAAGUAAAAUUGGUUUGUUUUUUUCUUACUAAACCUUUUGAUUAAUAAUAAUAAAUGUAAUUGUAAUAUAAUAUUAUCUUCUUAAAAGAAAAUAAAUUUCUACAUCAUGACAAGUUAUAUAAAGAAUCUGAGAGUAAAUAGUAAUAAUUUAAAAUAAU